ACUCCUUCAUAAGUCACCAUGCCUCACAUCCUUUUUAUCUUUGCUGUUGUCAUUGCUACGACUUCAAGCUUUGUGGGUCUUCUUACAAAUCUGUUUAUUGCAGUGGUCAAUUAUAGGAGUUGGAUGAGAAGUCACAGAAUGUCUUCUUCCGACAGGAUCCUGUUCAGCUUGGCCAUCACCAGAUUUCUGAUGCUGGGACUGUUUCUCCUGAAUGUUAUCUUCUUCUUUAGCUCUCCAACUCUUCUAAGGUCAGUCCGCGUAGUCAUAUUUUUUGUGUUGUGUUGGAUGUUUUUGGACUCUACUAGUCUCUGGUUCGUGACCUUGCUCAACACCUUGUACUGUGUGAAGAUUACUAACUUCCAACACUCAGUGUUCCUCCUGCUCAAACGCAAUCUGUCUUCAGUAGUCCCUGGGCUGUUGCUGGUAUGUGUGCUGAUCUCUGCCUUUACCACUCUGCUUUAUUCUGUGCUCAGACUGACCUCACCCUUUGCUCCACAUGUGACUAGGGAAAAUGGCACGAGGAUUGACAAGAAUGGUGACACCUGGUCUUUGCUGAUCUCUUUGGUCUUGAGGUCGUUCCUGCAGUUCAUCAUUAAUGUGACCUCUGCUUCCUUGCUCAUCAAUUCCUUGAGGAAACACAUCCAGAAGAUGCAGAGAAGUGCCACUGGAUUCUGGAACCCCCAGACGGAAGCUCACGUGGGUGCCAUGAAGCUGAUGAUCUAUUUCCUUGUCCUUUACAUCCCAUAUUCAGUUACAACCAUGUUGCUUUACUUGCCUUCUUCUGUAGGGAUGAGUUUGAAAGCCAGAUCUAUUUGUGUGAUUAUUUCUAGCCUUUGCCAUCCGGGACAUUCUAUUCUCAUUAUUCUCACACAUCCUAAACUGAAAACAAAAGCCAUGAAGUUUCUUUGUUUCAACAGGUAGUGGAAUUUCUGUAGUAAAUAAUGACUUUCAGAAUCACUUCAUGAUUUGAGAGCAAGGUUUUGUCCAUUACCAACACUUGCAGUGGUUGGAAGAAUUCCCUUUUUUAUUUACUGAUCUGAAUUGCUAGGCUUUUGAGCUACUGUACUUCAGCUCAUUUUGCUUGUGUUCUUAGUGUUUGAAAAUUAGGCAGGCACCUUGUUUAUGGAUCUUGCCUGAAGCAUUAUCUAUUUUACACAGAUGUCGUUUGCUUGUAUAAUGAAAUACCAUCAUUGUUUCAAUGGGCAUUCAAAUAUAAUGGGAGAUUUUUCUCAAGUGAAGCAGUACU